UCAACAGGGCUUUUCUGAUAUUUACAGCAGCGAAAAUGCCUCUUCCAGAUACGAUGUUUUGCGUCCAGCAAAUCAACAUUCCUCCUGAGCUUCCUGACAUCCUGAAACAGUUUACCAAAGCUGCCAUCAGAACGCAACCACACGACGUGCUGCAGUGGUCGGCUGCGUACUUUUCUGCUCUAUCGAAGGGAGACAUUCUUCCUGUUAAAGAGAGACUUGAGAUGCCCGUUGCAACACAGAAGACAGAUACAGGUCUCACACCAGGGCUUCUGAAGACUCUACAUAAACAGCUUGCACCAAAAGAAACUGUUACGAAGGAGGAGUUAUGUCAGAAGUGGAAAGGUCUUUGCCUGCCAAAGGAACAACUGGACAACAUUCUGGCUCUUGGAAACUUUGCUACCAGCAUUGACUGGAUGCAGUUCUUUGCUCUGGGUUGCAGUGCCUUAGGUGGGACUAUUGUCAGUGCCAUGAAGCAGGCCUGUGAAAUCCUCACCGAGGACCCAGAGGGGGGUGCUGCUCGCAUCCCUUAUGACACCUUUGUCAGUCUCUACACCUAUCUGGCACAUCUGGAUGGGGAGAUUCCCCAGAACGCCAUUGAGGCUUUCCUAGCUGGCCUGCAGGAGGACGUGGAACGCCAAGGAGGGAUGGUGCAGCCAACAAACUUUUUUGGUCCCAGACGUGUUGAAGACAUAAAGUAA